AUGGAACGGGCCGUUGAUAAGUUAAAAGUGGUCUUCAGUUACAUCAACAAUUGGUUAAAGAACAAGGAGACGGUCUUAGUGUCGAAAGGAGAAAACAGUGAGGAUAUCAUCGAAAAUGACGCUAGGGCAGAACAUCUAAGCCGGUUGUUCGUGUCUGUUUUCACCGAGGAAACGGACUCUGACGAGGCUGGAUUGCCUGCUGGGACAACCGACGAAAUAAUAGAAAACAUCAACUUCACAAAAGAAGAUGUGAGGAAGGGAAUUCUAGCGCCUGAGGUGGGUAAGUCUCCGGGUCCAAACCAAAAUACCGGCAAAAGUUCUCAAGGAGUAGGCUUGCGAAGUCGCAAGGCCGCUUUUUUAUAUCUCCAAGUCGUACUUUGGCCGAGGCAUUCUCCCCUCUGAUUCGAAAGUGGCAAAUAUAUACCCCAUUCACAAGGGCGGAUCUCGAACAAAUACAAACAAUUAUCGGCUGGUGAGCCUAACGUUCAUUUGCUGCGAAGUUAUGGCGAGAAUAGUCAAAUAAACUAUUGUAAAGUUCCUUGGAAAAAAUAAUUUCUUUGCUAGUUCCCAACAUGGCUUUCGACGGAAUCCCUCCUGCCUAACUAAUAUGCUUUAUUCAACGGAACAGUGGUCUCGCUCGUUAGACGAAGGAACAUGGGUCGAUAUCGUUUACAUCGAUUUCAAGAAAGCCUUUGAUAGUGUUCCACACCAUCGGUUAGUUUACAAGGUCUGAGAGUCAGGGAGAAGGGGAACCUAUUGAACUGGGUAAAGGACUCUCUGACUGGUCGAUCACAAUCUGUGUGUAUUGGUUGUGCGAAGUCAACGCGAGUACCAGCUGUGAGUGGAUUUUCCCUGGGCUCUGUACUCGGACCAGUACUGUUUUCAGUCUAUGCCAACGACCAUAUGAAUGGAAUUGACUGCAAUGAAGUCAUGUUUGCCGAUGACAUCAAGUUAUGGCGAGCAAUCAACGGAGAAAAUGAUGAACGGGCCCUGCAAGAAGGACUGAACCGCCUAUGCGAAUGGUCGGACAAAUGGCUGCUGAAGUUUAAUCUUGAGAAGUGCGUCACGCUGCGACUCAAAACGACUGGAAAAGCCGAUGGAGAGGAUCACCAUUUAUGCCUGAACAAAAAGAUCUUGAGAUCGAAAUUUUGUCGACCCUUAAGCCUUCCUCUCAAUGCGUUAGGGCGGCCAAAAGGACAAGCAGUGUUUUCUUUGUAAUUAAACGAACUUUCAUAGAUAAAGACAAAGUGUAUUUGAAAAAUUAUACGGAGUGUUCAUUCGAUCGCAUAUGGAAUAUGGAAUUCAAGCAUGACGCCCGUGGCUAAAAAGACUAUGAGUUGCUAGAAAGAGUUCAGAGGAGAUCAACCAAAAUUGUGAAAGGCCUCAAGACUUUACCUUACAACUGCAGACUUAGUGAACUUGAACUAUUUUCUCUUGAGUACAGGCAGAUUUGAGGAGAUCUCAUACAGGCGUAUAGGAUUUUGAGGAACCGGGACUGUGUCCUAAAUAAAUAAAUAAUUUUUAAUAAAGACGCGUCGGGGUCGCAUCAAAGCUCCUAAACCUCGAAGAGUUCCUUACCCAGGGCGCAACAACAAGCCUGCGUGGGAACUCUUUAGAACUUAAAGGAUCCCGAUGCCGCCUGGAGGUUAGCAGAUACUCUUUUUCGCAGCGAGUCGUCGGUGCCUGAAACGGGCUUUCCGAGUACGUGAUAAUGGCAGAUUCCAUGGAGACAUUUAAGCAAAGACUGUAUGUAUAUUUACUUGGGAAAUACCGCUUGUCUGGACAGAAUAGCUCUGUUGUGCCAGACCAACGCCUUGGAUACACCUACCGCUAAUGCGGACAAUUGUCAUUUCAUUCUAUCGUUAUCAUCUACAAAUGAAUGUUCUCGAGUUUCAGUCCUGCAUUUUCAAAGGAAAAUAUUCAGACAACAUUUUAGUUAGAUACUGCAUGUACCGUUCUCAAUAGGGUUUUCAAAGGCAUUGCCUAUUAACCUUAAAUUAUGCUGACCUACUGACCUAUGUCCUCCACAGGAGAGAAUACAUAAAGACACAAAUAUAUUCUAGCUAUAUCUUAAAUCGCACUUAAGAGAAGACGAAAAAGUCCCAGCAUUGAAGGCUUUCAGGAUGGGCCGAAUAAAAGAUUCAAAACGUGAGUAAGACGAACUGAGAGAGUUAAAAAUGGUCUUUCAGAAUAAGGAAGAAACGCAGUUACUUUUAAGCUGGAAAUCUGCACUCCAAAAUACUCUCUCAAUAGUUUUUCAGGGCGAAUGUUCACCCGCGGAAUGAGGAAUGUAGAGGGCUCAAAUUGAAAAUCCUCAGGAGGUCGAACAUGGAUGAGAAAAUUCUCAGAACACUAAACGGGAAAAUUAUAUUCGCCCAGAGUCCAUUCCUCUAAAGAAGGCGUAUAACUCUAAGAGGUUAGGCGUGAUGGACAAAAGUCCAUCUCGAUUAGCUCCGACCGGCUUUAGAAUUCAGUCCCGGGAAAUGGACAGACGCCUGUAUGCUGUAUUUUCUCAGUCCAAACUGAGAUUUUGUAUACUAAUGCUCAGAGUCUCGUUCCGAGGACCGACGAAACAAAGCGCUGGUUUCAGAACGAAACCCGGAUAUCAUUGCUGACACGGAAACGGGGAUGAAAGCCGGAAUCACGGACACGGGGAUCCCGGUACUGGAUUACAAGCUCUUUUUCAUAGACUCUCAAAGUAGACAGGUCGGUGGAGUUUUCAUACAGUACGUGACCUAUCUAAUGAAACCUGAUAAGAGAAACUGGUGUGAGGAGUUCUAAACGUCUUUAACGUUGCGCACUUUGCUUGCUCAUCCACUUCAAUGAAAUCUCCUUUUCUUUUACAGAAAUUGUGUUUGCGUAAAUUCAUCAAUCAAAAUAUUAAUAAAAUUUGGCAAAAAUGGACGUUGCAAUAUAUUCCUGAAAUUUCCUAUGCUAAUACAUAUCCUAGACUCCGUUUGCGCGUCUGGGCUUGUUUUUCAUUGAAAGAAAGGUAAUUUCACCACGACAGUUUUAAUAAACAGAUUUUUCCGGUCCUGAAAAUUUAUUUUAUGACCGAUGUAUAUGUAAGGACAGGAAUUUCGUUAGUUGAACGAGCCCACACCCUCUCGUUCAACUAUUAAUGCUCUGGGACAAAGAUAAAGGAAAACAAUGCCCAAAGCCUAGAAUCCCUGACGCUUUACAGACAGCCAAACCUUCCGAGUGCAGCUUCCGAAUCACACCUCCAUUUAACCAAGGAAGCGGCUGGCCACCAAGAUGUUCUUGGAGCUGGGAAUUGUAACGCACCUGCAAUAGAAUGGGAAAGUAUGGCAGCUGACAGUCCGAAACUGGGUUUCGGAUUCGCGAUGUCAGCAGUGCUUUUGAGGCCGUUGGUCUCGUGCUUGAAUUCAUACUCUUUCUGACGUCGGUCGGGAAAAUAGAGCUACAGAAUCUCAAGGAGACAACAGCCUGGGGUCCGGACAAUAUACCGAAUAAAUUCUUGAAAGAAUUAGAUAAAAACGAUCGCACUCACUAGUACGCAUCUUUAGGUAAUAACUCUAAUCGAGGAGACUGCCAUCCUAAUGGAAGACAGUUAUUAUUUUUCCGAUUUAGAAGACUGGGUUUUUGUCACCGUUAUCUGUCCUUCUAGUUGCCAAUCAUUUAUCAGUUUAUGCUAAAUUCUCUUUCCCGAUCGUGCAUUGGCACUCGUAAAAUGGUUAGCUGAGGAGCGAUCAGGCAAGAAGAGACUUUCAAUUACAGGUUUAUCCGUGCCUAUUUACGUCUAGAUUUUUUAAAUUCAACACCGUGUUUUACUGUGCUGAUAGCAAAACGGGGAAAUAUAACAAUCAGUAAUUGUCUUCUCUGUUUCCGAUCAAGUCUAUUGUAUUUGUUGAUCUAACUUGCUCGACUUUAAGAUAACGGCCAACUUUCCAGACGCCUGACCUAUAUUCCAAAGUUAUUUUAUGUACUUUCUUGAAGUCGUCUCCUGGGGAUCCAAGAUCACCUUGGCGGGAUCGCCAAAAAUAAUUAAACGUUUGAAGUUGCCAGUCAAAUGUGAAACGUCUAAAGAAGUAUGCGGAGUUGUCCAGUUAGUCCUCUCGACUCCGGAAUGUGGUGCACCUUUAGACGCGCUUUUCAUAUCAAUUUAUUCUCAGCUAUUUUCCUUCUCUGGGAAAGUCAUUGAGGAUAUUUCCUCGCCGCCCAGUCCUUCGUCCCCUCUCCCGUAUCGACGUAUACUAUGGUCGUUCCCACAUCAGACGCACUUCCUAGUUAAUCUCUUGAAGAAGAUAAAGUGGUCGAUUGUACUCGAGGCCAUUUUGGCUGCCGUUUUGCUGAACGUAUCCGCCAGGCAUCUGUCUGCGAUGAGUUUUUACUCACUGUUCCUUUUUGCGUUUUUUGUACUUCUCUUCAAAAGACUGAUAUUUUGAACCUUUGUCCUCACUAGCCCUUUUAUUUUUACACCUUCGUGAGAUGAAAUCAUCUGAAACAGAUCUUGAAGAGAAAUUUCGAGACCGUUACACAUGUCGUGACGCUGACUUUGUCGCCUACACCUCUGAGGAUGUUCCUCCACCACCAAUUUUUGAGGACUGGCGUCCACGCAGGUGAGCGGGUAUUCGCACCUCAUGCAUUUGUUGCAGACAAUCAAAUGUUUACCCCUCUCCCAGCGAUCGCCGAGGCCGUUUUUCCCAGGGGAUCGACCGGCCUUAUUUCACUGAGCGACCCGGUCAGCGCCGGUGA